AUGCACUGGGCCAAGAAAGAGACCGACCCUCGCACCGGCGAGGCAGUCUUGCGUCUCGGCAAUAACAGAAUCCUCAAGACUCAUUGCGCCAACACCGAGUACCAAGCCCUGAUGCUCAUUGACCGGCACACUUCUGUCCCCUCGUACAAGGUCCUAGCGGUGUACAACAGACCCGAAGGCAAAUUGGUCGAGUACGAGGCCUACCCAGGGAAGCCCUUACAGGAAUGUUGGUCUUCAAUGCCGGCGCACCAACAGAACAAGAUAGUCUCACAGCUGGGGCGCUUUGUCGAACAACUGAGAAAGAUGCAGCCACCAAAGCAAUGCGUAGUAGGAGAUGCCACCCUUGGUGCGGCCCUGGACCACCGGUUUGGCUCUGGGAGAAUAGGGCCCUUCUUCUCAAUCGAGGCGUUUCAAGAGUUUGAGCGCAGAGGCCAUUCAGUAGACGACUUCCCGGAGAAAGAGAUUCAGAUGGUUCAUGCGCCCAAGAAGCCAUACCAACUCAAAUUCACUCACGCCAGCCUUUGUCCUCAGAACAUCCUGGUAGAUGACGCCGGACGAGUAACAGCCUUGGUCGGAUGGGAAUCGUCUGGAUGGUACCCUGAAUAUUGGGAAUAUACUCAAAUGUGCCACUUGACCCCAAAGACCAUGGGAGAUUGGCUCGACGCAAUGUGCAGAGUCGUCCCUCGAUAUGAUCAAGAGCUGGCUUGCGAAGAAGCAUUACGGGCACGAUAUACAGGCUCCAUAUAUGAUGCACCGAGAAGUGUGAGGGCUCCAAGCCCUUCACCUAGUGAGCGCCAUGCAGAGCAGCAGGAGAUUGACGACAAGAACACCUCCGAUACAAGUGGAUAG